AAAUCCUCAUCUAUCAAAACCAAGGUCCUAAAAAGAUACUUUGGUCUUUACUGCCAAUCCUCUCUCGUCUCUGUAGCCAUGGAGGAGGGUAAAAGCACAGAUUAUAAUUCUGUGAUUUCAAGCAAAACUAAAGGAAAAGGUGGAUUUAGAGCUACCACCUUCAUCUAUGGUUUGUUUGGAUUAGAAAACAUGGGGUUUAUUGCAAUCAUGGUGAGUUUUGGAUUAUACUUCAGUUUUGUGAUGGGCUUUGACCUCACUGGCUCAGCUAAUACUCUCACUAACUUGAUGGGCUCGACGUUCUUGCUCUCCAUUCUCGGUGGCUUCAUUUCUGAUACUUACAUCAACAGAUACCACACUGUCCUAAUUUUUGGACCUUUCGAAAUUCUAGCAUUUGCACUGAUAACAAUCCAAGCUCAUUAUAAGAGUUUGCAACCAGAGUGUGUGGUGCCAAAUUGCAUAUCAGGAUGGAAAGCUGUAUUUUUUUAUGCAUCACUUUGCUGCUUUGCAUUAGGGAGUGGUGGGGUUAGGGGAGCAUUGCCCGCAUUGGGUGCUGACCAAUUUGAUCAGAAGGAUCCAAAGGAGGCUAAGGCUCUUGGGAGAUACUUCAAUUUGGUAUUGCUUAGUUCUGUGAUUGGUGGGGCUUUUGGAGUUACGUUUGUUGUCUAUGUUAGCACAACUAAAGCUUGGUGGAAAGGUUUUCUCAUCAGUUUGGUUGGUACUGCACUUGGUUUUAUUUUCUUUGCCUUUGGAAAGCCUUUCUUGCGCCUUCAACGUCCUGCUGGAAGCCCUCUUACUAGAAUUUUUCAGGUUAUCGUUGUGACAAUCAAAAACCGAAAUCUACAAAUACCAGAAAACAGUGACGAGCUGUAUGAGAUUAAUGAGAAAGAAUCAGACUCAUCACAGCAAAAACUUGCACAUACUAAACAAUUCAGGUUAUGUUACUUAAUUCUCUGAUGUAUACUAAUAUUAGUAUGGGUUAAGGAAAACCCAACUUGGUUCAAGAGGGAACAUGAGAAAGGGAACCCACUGCAUAAUGUUUUUUAGGUCCAUUCUAAAAAUUAAUUAAUUUCUUCCAUAAAGCAGCAAAGGGGCGUCAUUGUUCCAUAAGGGAGUUUGCCAUUUCUAAAAAGUUUCACACACUACACUAGAUCUUCCAAUCAUGCAUUCGU